CAUAUCAAAAGCAAUGUACCUGCUCAGAGUCACAGCAUCAAUUCAAUUCGCAAAACAAUGAUGGCAAAGAGAUCCCUGAGGAGAAACAUCCUUAGCAUCAAAAGUGAAUCUUUGAAUACACGAAAAGACAGACAGGUCUCCCCAACCUGGUUGAGCCCCACAGACACGCCACAUACCCAUACACCCACGCACAGUGAAACUGUGGAGAGCACUACCCCAGUGAGCACCCCGACUACAGACAUGCUUCCCCCAAGUACUCUCCCUGGGGGAAUGCACAGCUCCACCACUACACUCAGCACUCAAGUCAGCGAUGGGACUGUAGCCACAGGUUUUACAAGUCCUCCUGCGGGUGUAACACCCAGCCCGCCCUCACAGUCCACUAGCACGGUCAACGUUGCCACUUCAACCACACGAUCCACGAGCACUCUCCCUGGGGGAACGCACAGCUUCACCACAACACUCAGCACUGAAGUCAGUGAUGGGAGUGUAGCCACAGGUUUUACAAGUUCCCCUCCAGGUGCAACACCCAGCCCGCCCUCACAGGCCACUACCACCGUCAACAUUGCCACUUCAACCGCGCCAUCCACGAGCACUCUCCCCAGCGAGACACACAGCCCCACAACUGCACACAGCCCGCCAGCAGAAACAAACAGUACAGUAGGCGGUCCGACUUCAAACACAGCAUCUGCAAGUACUGCCUCGCCUGAAGCACAAGUCUCCCCAACCACGCCGAGCCCCACAGACAGGCCAGACACCCAUGCACCCACACACAGCACCUCCGUGCACAGCACUACCCGGGUGAGCGCCGCAACUACAGACAUGCUUCCCAAAAGUACUCUCCCUGGGGGAACGCACAGCUUCACCACUGCACUCAGCACUCAAGUCAGCGAUGGGACUGUAGCCACAGGUUUUACAAGUUCUCCUCCGGGUGCAACACCCAGCCCUCCCUCACAGUCCACAAGCACCGUCAACGUUGCCACUUCAACCACACGAUCCACAAGCACUCUCUCCAGCGAGACAGGCAGCCCCACAAUUGCAACCAGCCCCCCAGCAGAUACAAACAGUACAGUCGGUGUUCUGUCUUCGAACACAGCAUCUGCAAGUACUGCCUCGCCUGAAGCACAAGUCUCCCCAACCACGUCGAGCCCCACAGAUGGGCCAGACAACCAUGGACCCACACACAGCACUUCCGUGCAGAGCAGUACCCCGGUGAGCACCCCGACUAUAGACAUGGUUCCCCCAAGUGCUCUCCCUGAGGGAACGCACAGCUCCACCACGACGCUCAGCACUCAAGUCAGUGAU